AUGGAUGGGAACAGCCCGCAAGCCGCAGCGUUGCGAAUUGGCAGGUUAUCCAUCCGCACCCGCAAUCAUACACUGGCUGGGUGCAACAACGUGCAAUUCGGACGGGAUGAGACGGUAUGUACAUACGUGUGUCAUGUCAUGAUCCGUCUCUACGGCACUGUCACGGCAACAGUUGUGUCGUUCUUGCAAGACAAAGCGACUGUCAGUCAGUUGAGUUACAACGUGAACGGGGCACGUUUGACUACCUCUACCUACCCAAGGCCUCGACUCAAGUGGUUGUCCCUCCUCGGAAAUGAUAUGGGAUUAACAACUAUUACUACUACUACCAACGCGGAUUGUUGA